AGACGCGCAAGCCACUGCCAUAGUGACUCCAGGAGCAGAUUGAUCGGGCAACGGCUAUUUUCAGCCCGCUCUGUCGCAAUCCGAUACAAGGUGGUUCAGUGAAGGGCAAACUACAGCAAAGGAAGCGGCUCUUCUUUCACAUUUUGUUUGCCUCAACGAAUCUGUGCGUCACCCGGUCGACUCGUGUGUAUCCUGGUGCCUCAUUCAUCAAGCAGCUCUCCCUGCGAACCCAUUUGUUAGAACGACAGAGGCAUCUGUAAAAUUCAGCCCCCCACAGAGAAAAUCUUCUCAUUUCCACAGCACUAUGACGGAGCUUCAAAAGGCACAACGUCGCAGCAACCUGUCGGCUGUGAUGAAGCAAGGGCAUCUUCGUUUCUGGGCUGUUCUUUUGGUAUGUGCUUUGGUUAGUGGCUGUGGCGCCGCGUCGGCGUCCCAUUCAAGUUUUACCGCCAGCCAGGUGGUUGAGGAUGAGUCUCCUCCAAAUAAAAACGAGAGAAUCAACCCAAGCGGUGACGUCGAUGGACACGAGGAAGGCAGCUCACCAAAUGUGUCACAGGUCGAGAAAAAUCGACUCCCUGACGGCCGAACGUUUGGUGGGUCGGGUCGCGAUUUGCCCUCUGAGGAAGGCAACCAACAAGCUGACUUGUCUUCGAGUACAGGAGAAUUCCAAGGGUCUCGUGCCCGUCAACACGACGACCAGCGGGCAUCAAGCAGCAAGAGAGACGACGCGGGAAGUGAAGUGAACGCGUCUCAUGAGAAUGUCAUUGCAGUACAAGAGACCGAAGCUGUUGAUAGGGCGCGUGACAACACAUUCACCAAAAGACCCAAUCCGCGUAAAUUGGCAGCCGGCUUUUACCCGGGGGGGAUGACAGCCACGCCAUACGGAGCGUAUCUGAACUGGUACAGAACAGCCUACUUGCCGUGGUAUUAUACGACCUUUGGUACGGCUGCAAGCGCUCCAGUACUCACUUCGCCGGCUGUGUACUCAUCUUAUUACCCAACUGUAGCAGCUACAGUGGCAGCUGCUCCUGUCCAGGCGGCAUUUCCGGUUGUACAGCAAGCGGUAGCAGAACAAGGGCCCAUCAAUGUCGUGCAACCAGCUAUCGCCCUUUCUCAGAGGGCGACGGUUCCUGUCGUACAGCAAUCGGCAGUACCUGUAGCUGUCCCCGGGAGAGCCGCGCUGGCGCCAGUGGCCGUGACUGCGCCGAAUCCGGUCGUCACCACGACCCCUACAGAAGCACUGCUCAGCCUCGAAGAGCCAGCGAAUGGUAGCGGCAUUCAACAGCUGAUAGCCCCAGCACCUGUUGCUCUUCUUGCGGCACCUUAUGCCACCGGAAACGGGAAUAGCAGAGGGAGCCGCGCAAAUUCCCGGUACAGCGACGGUGUCGGGGGCCUCGGCCUGUCGAAUUUUGCCGCUUUUUUGGCCAGACCUGACGGGACUCUGGCAGCCAUCGGUGGGAACGGGACGUAAAUAUAUCCCUGCCAUAUGGUUGGGACGUUACAUUUGUUGAGGGAAAUGAAGGUUUCUUGUUCCACGAAUUGUUUCUUGCUCCAAACGAGGCUACGAUGUGUCCUAAUCAAUCACGAGGAAAAAUGCAGCGAAAGACACUGGCACUGUGAAGACGUGCUUGCGUGUGUCAGCAGCAAGAAUACUCUCACUUGCUCUACGCCGUCAAAACUGCCUGCUUUGCUGUCGGUUACAAUACCAGGUGCGCAGAACCGCGACCCCAGUGUCGCUCCUUUGAACACCACAACAGCUAUCUUUCGUGAACCGUUGCUCCAGCUGAACUGCUGCUCUGCACUCAUUCACUGCCGACGGAAGAAGGAACCUGACCAUCGUCUUUCAGCAUUCUCUCUC